AUGCAAAAAGUAUUAUGAAAUGGCAACAAAUUCAAGAUGAGUUAUGAUGGUAAAAGUCCAUUCAAGUCUGGCUCUGUGUACAACGAACUGCGACUGACCGGUGGACUUAGCGACGCAAUCCUCAAGGUUCACAAUGUUGAGUUUCAUAUCCAUAAAAUCAUCCUAUGCCACUGCAGCCCAUACUUUGGGGCCCUCUUUCUACGAUGGUCCACCCCAGAUCAGAGGGUCUACGUCAUACAAGGGGUUACACCUCACAUAAUGCAGCUCUUCAUCGAGUUUGCAUACACUGACUUCGUGUUGGUGACGGAGGACAACGUCAAAGACUUGUUGAUAGCCGCUGAUAAAUUCAACAUGACUGCCAUUGUCCAAUCCUGCUGCGUGUUCCUGGCAGAGCAGCUUUGUCCGGAGAACUGCAUAGGCAUCUGGCAGUUCACCAAGAAUUGCCACACACCGGAGCUGCAGAUCAGUGCCUACCAAUACAUUCUUUAUCACUUUGAGGACGUUGCAGUCUCGGAGGAGUUGCCACAAUUCACUAUGCAAGAGUUAUGUGAAAUACUGGACAGAGACGACCUGAUUGUAAAGAAGGAGAACACUGUUUAUGACGCCAUCCUGCAGUGGAUAGCACAUGCGCCAAGGGAGCGAGGCAGGAAUCUGGCUGUGCUCCUGGGUAAAGUCCGUCUUGCGCUGACCAGCGAGGAAUUCAUCACCAUCAAUGUGUUGUCCAAUCAGCUGGUGCAGAGCAACAACAAGUGCUUGGACAUGGUCGCCUUUGCUACCAGAGUGAUUCACCACAUGGUCGCAAACUCUGUGUCUGCGUACUGCAAUCUAGUGGCCCGUCCACGCCUGCCUUCAGCUAUACUUCUGGCAAUUGGUGGCUGGAGUGGCGCCAACCCAACACAGUGCAUCGAAGCGUAUGACGUGCACGCCAACUGCUGGGUCAGUUUUAUCGAUGACAUGAAGCAACCACGGGCAUACUGCGGUGCCGCCUUUCUCAACGACGCAGUCUACUGCCUUGGCGGAUUUGAUGGUGCGGAACAUUACAAUACAGUCAGCCGCUUUGACCUAAAUGCACGCACAUGGCAGGAAGUGGCGCCAAUGCACUCCCGUCGAUGCUAUGUGAGUGUAACAGUGCUAAAUGGGUGCAUCUACGCACUGGGAGGCUACGAUGGACGUGUGAGAUUAAAGACGGCUGAGUACUACACGCCUGAAACCAACCAAUGGACUCUUAUCGCAAGCAUGCAUGAAUUAAGGAGCGACGCCAGUUGCACCACCCUCAAUGACAAGAUUUAUAUUUGUGGUGGUUUUAACGGAAACGAGCCCUUGCAAACAGCUGAAUACUACAGUCCAGACACCAACGAGUGGACCAUGAUGACACCGAUGAGCAGCCGUCGCAGUGGCAUCGGAGUCAUUGGAUUUGCUGACCACAUUUACGCAGUUGGAGGCUAUGAUGGUCAAACCCGUCUGACAAGCGCUGAGGCUUACAACCCACAGACCAACAACUGGAUCAUCCUGGCCCCCAUGGAUUGCCCCCGGAGCAACUUUGGCAUCGAAGUCAUCGAGGACCGUCUCUUUGUGGCCGGAGGGUUCAACGGGGCCUCCACCACAAAGCUGGUAGAGUACUACGACCUCACCACGGGUCUGUGGUCUCCGGCCUGUGACAUGCUGAUCUCACGAAGUGCUUUGACUUGCUGCGUGAUGUCGGGAUUCUACAACAUGGCACACUACGCCAUGCUACGGAAUGAGCUACCAGUGUUAUUUUUAGAGGAUGACAUGGACACCGAAGAAGACGUCUAG